AUGAGUGAGGAUUUUUUGUUAUGGCCAAAAAUAGAGGCCAUUAUUUUCUGUAAAUUUGAUGAAGAACUUGGCCCAAUUGUGCUUUGUAGCAGCCCUUCAGAUAUUUUUGGAUCCGAAAAGCCUCAGUUAUGUUCAAUAAUAACAAAAUAUCUACUACCAGAUAUUCACUUCGCCGGGAAAACAAUUUCAUUUGUGAUCGGUAAUAAAUGGAAAGCUAUAGGAGUCCCAAUAUUUAUUGAAGGUAGCCAGUAUUUAAGAAACAGCUUUCAGUUUACGGUAUGUAUCAUUGUAAAAAAAACAUCUUACAAUUUUUAUCAAGAAGUUUAUUCAAGGCAUAUCGCUCGGAUUCUUGGUUCGGCGUUCAAAUUAUUGGAAGAAGAUUGUGGAAUACUUUAUUACUAUUGUACAUAUGCUGAAAACCUUCCUGAUUUGUUGAAAAAAAUAACGAAAAACAAUAAUGAGAUUUUAUCAUUUCCUAAGAACAUCUUGGAAGUUAUUGAAAAUGUUAGAUCUCAACUUAAUCAAAAACACCAGGUAUUUUUUGAAUUUGGAGAUGCCAGUAUUUUAAAUUUCAGAAUUAGAAAGCCUUCGUGCAAUAUAAUAAUAAAUCCGGAAGAUAUUCCAUUCCCUUCUGAAAAAAAAAUGAUCUCAGAUAUUAAACACAUUGGUAUAGAUUUUUCACUAAUUAAAAUAUUACCUUAUAUUAAUGGAGUUAAUACUAUCUUUGAAAUAUCAAAAUAUUGUUCAUUACCUAUAGAAGAUGUAAUAUUAUGUAUGGAACACUUAGUUCUAUAUGGUUUAAUUAAUAUCAUUGAUAUGAUUUCUUCAGAAAACAGAUAUAGAUAUGUUGGUGACGAAGAUGAACAUGGCUUAUAUAGAAAGUUAUGUAACGAAUGUAUAAACGCAGGGAACGUAUUAUCAUUCACAAAAAAAUACUACCAAGAGCUUAAAAAACAUAAAAUUAAGAGCAUUUACAGAUUUAUUGCAAAUGGAGUUGUAUCUAAAAAAAUAAUUAGGCUCCACGAAAUUCCUAUCAUAUUUAUCAAAUCUACACCACAGCAUUCAGAAAUUGAAAAAAAAUUAUUGCAGCUUUGUAAUGGGAACAACACUUUAGACCAUAUACAAAUCCUAUUCGGGUUUAACAGCAAAUCCGAGAUUAUCAAAUUUAUUUAUAAUUUAUUUAAUGAUUCGUCCAUUUAUUGGGCAUAUCUUUAA